GCAACUCAUUCUUCUCAUCAUCACCAAUAUCUUGCCUUAAAUAAUGGCACCUUUAAAGCCUAAUAACAGCUUUUGUCAUUUAGGCAAGUAUUAUUAUAGUAUGGUGGUGAUCACUAUUUUUUCCCUUCAUCUUGUAUGUUUUUCUUUUACCACAGCGGCUAAUAUCAACAAUUAUAAUGGUGGAUUCAGUGCUCAUCUUAUUGGGAAAAACUCUCCAAAUUCACCCUUGUACAAUCACAAAAACCAGAAAAAUUUUCGACGUUUGGCGGGUCCCGAAAUGCUGCAAUCAACAGUAGCAACCGAUCCAGAUGGUGGCGGCCAUCUUAUGAAAUUGUCAAUAGGAACCCCGCCGUUCGAUAUAUAUGUAAUUGCUGAUACAGGCAGCACUCUACUAUGGAUCCAAUGCCAGCCAUGUAAAAGUUGCUUCAAGACAAAACAGGCCAUAUUCGACCCGGAAAAAUCCUCAACUUAUGGGAACAUUACUUGUUCUGAAAGCGAGUGCAGACUUAUCGACGAGGACUCACCUCAAAACUAUUGCAAAGACAAUCCUCAAGCUACUUGCAUGUACCAUUACCGGUAUGUAGAUAAGUCGUACAGUAUAGGUGAAGUGGCUAACGAAGCAAUUACCUUGAAGUCUACGUCAGGUACUGAUGUAAUCUUAAAAGAUAUUGUCAUUGGGUGUGGGCAAGACAACAGUGAUGAACGAGCAGGUGAGUAUCAAAUGGGAAGAGUUGGGCUUGGACACGGGCCCCUGUCAUUUAUUUCUCAAAUCAGUCCUUAUGUUGGAGGCAAAAGAUUCUCGUAUUGCUUAGUGCCCCUUGAUACUGAUCCGAAAAUUGAAAGCAAUAUCAAUUUUGGAAAUGGGAGUGAAGUUUCGGGUAAAGAUGUGGUGUCAACACCUUUGUUCGAUAUUGAAAAAUCCAUGAAUAAGUAUUAUGUGACGGUGCGAGGAAUUGCAAUCGGAAAUGAAUUUCUUCCUUUUAACCCAACAGAGACAUUGCUCGAGGAAGGGAAUAUGUUGAUCGACUCGGGCUCAGCUUUAUCAUAUUUGCCUCAAGAGUUCUAUGACCGGGUGGUGAAUAAGCUGGUAAAAACACUUGAUCCAAAAUUGGAGCUAAUCAAUUAUGUUGACUCGAAAAAUACAACUAGCCUUUGCAUCAACGCCGCGACGAUUUCAAAAGCACCAAAUAUGGCUGUGCAUUUCGACGGCGGUGGAAAACUACAGUUAACGACAGAACGAUAUUUAUUUAGAUUAGAAGAGGAAAAGUUAGUUUGCCUUGGAAUCAGGAACACCAAUAGGAAGGCUUUCCAUAGUAACCAUACUGGUGUUUUUGGACGCAAUGUUAUGGGAAAUAUGUUGAUUGGUUUUGACAUAGAUAGAGAAGUGGUCUCCUUCAAGCCCACAAAUUGCAUAAAAAUGCCUAGCGCUGGUGGUGCUAGCAUUGCCACCCAUCCCUUUUCCAUUUUCUCCACUUGUCUUUUCUAUUUGCUUUUGAUUGUGAGUCUGUCCUGCUAGAUUACCAAGGUUAAGUGUCAUUUUCUUUAGUACUUAAUAUAACAUAUCAUUUCCUAGACGAUAUA